AAGAAAUGUCAGGUGCGGCAUCAGCAUUGUACCUAUUGGAUGUCAAGGGAAGAAUACUGAUUUGCCGCGAUUUUCGAGGCGAUAUUUCGUCUCUUGAAGCUGAACGUUUCUUCACCAAUCUCAUACGAAAACAGGAGUAUUCAAUGUCACAAGGGCCAGUUAUACAUGAAAAAGGAGUAACAUACAUGUUUGUGCAGCACAACAACCUUUAUUUGAUGGCAGCUUCUCGUCAGAAUUGCAAUGCUGCUAGUCUUCUUCUUUUCCUACACCGUUUAGUUCAGGUUUUCAAAUAUUAUUUUGAGGAACUGCAAGAGGAAUCACUUAGGGACAAUUUUGUUGUUGUGUAUGAGCUUCUUGAUGAAAUGAUGGACUUUGGUUACCCUCAAUACACUGAAGCAGUUAUCCUAAGUGAGUUUAUAAAAACAAAUGCUUAUAAGAUGGAAGUUGUGCAGAGGCCACCCAUGGCUGUAACAAAUGCUGUUUCUUGGCGCAGUGAAGGGAUUAAAUACAAUAGAAAUGAGGUCUUUUUGGAUGUUAUAGAAAGUGUAAACAUACUUGUUAACAGCAAUGGGCAGUUAAUCCGUUCAGAUGUUAUUGGGGCUUUGAAGAUGAGAGCAUGCUUAAGUGGUAUGCCUGAAUGUAAACUCGGGUUAAACGACAGACUAGUAUUGGAGGCUCAAGGUGAAACGACAAGGGGAAAAGCCAUCGAUAUCGAGGACAUCAAAUUUCAUCAGUGUGUUCGUUUGGCUCGAUUCGAGAAUGACAGAACAAUAUCCUUCAUUCCCCCUGAUGGGCCUUUCGACUUAAUGACAUACAGACUAAGCACUCAGGUGAAGCCACUCAUUUGGAUUGAAGCUCAGGUAGAAAGGUAUUCCAGUAGUCGUGUUGAGAUCAUGAUCAAAGCGAGGAGCCAGUUUAAGGACCGAAGCUAUGCCAACAAUGUUGAGAUCAAUGUGCCUGUUACACCCGAUGCUACGAAUCCUAAAAUCCGGACAUCAAUGGGAUCAGCAACUUAUAGACCUGAGAAUGAUUCAAUUGUUUGGAAAAUCAGAUCUUUCCCUGGAAACAAGGAGUACCUCUUGAGAGCGGAAUUCACACUUCCGAGUGUAAGUUCUGAAGACACGGUUCCUGAGCGAAAGGUGCCAGUACGUGUCAAGUUUGAGAUACCUUAUUUCACCAUCUCGGGAAUUCAGGUGAGGUACUUAAAGGUUAUUGAGAAAAGCGGAUAUCAAGCUAUGCCAUGGGUAAGAUACAUAACUGCAGCCGGAGAAUACGAUAUACGAUUGUUUUAAGUACUUAUGUAAACUUGUGAAUAGAAAUAUGGCCAUCAAUGAACAACAAUUGCAAGUUCUAUUGGAAGGAUGUCUAUAUUUCAAGAGCUAAAACGAAUACGGUAUCAAAAAAAAUUUUAGUAGAUGAUACUGCGACAGCAAAGAAAAAUUGUUUCGUAACUUGUAUACAGUGGGGGAGGUUUUGUGUGGUGAAAUGUAUCUCUUAGAAAACAACAUAUUUGUAUUAAUUCCAUGAUAUUGAGGAAUCAUGUAUGCGCGAAUGAACAACAAUUUUUUAAUUUUUUUCCUUAUUAUAUUUUGGAGAAUAAAAAAAUAUGCACAUGAGCUAGUGAGCUUACAUACAAA